CUCCUGAAGACCAACAAGAUUAUAGCUUCAUGGACUUCAAGUUUAAGGGCAUACUAGGUGAAGGACGAAGUGGUAAAAUGCUCCUAUGCGAAUUUCGUGGUAAUACAAUUACUCUGGAGCGUAGACUUGUCGAGGGCUCUAUCGUAUGUUCUGAAAGAAAUGCAGAAGGAAGUAAAGAUGUACAAAGAUCUAGCUGAUAUUCAAGACAAGUAUAUCCCUGGUCUGUUAUGGAUAUUAUGGAGGAGGCAUGAGCUUCGUUAUCGGCUUAACUAUUGUUGGCACUAUGUUGAGUGACCAAAAAAUUACGGAACAGCAAAAGUCAAGGGCUAUUAAGGGAUUAGAAGCAAUCCAUAAGCAUGGUAUCCUCUACAAUGAUAUUUGGGAAGAAAAUAUCUUAAUUAACGAUAAAGGUGCCCUAUACCUGAUUGACUUCGGGAUGGCAAGCUGAGAGAAUACAAAAAGAAGAGAAAGCUUUUCAACAAGGAACAGCUCAAAUUAUCUCAAUUGCUAGAUGGAUAUAACAUUUCGUAAAGAAGGAGGGUAAAUUUCCAAGUCAUGUAAAUGUCAGGUGGUUAGUUAAACUGUAAGGAUAUACAUUAGACAUUUAGUAUAGAAGCAUCAUGUAUCCUGGGCUACAUCCCAAACAUUUGUAUUUAUUUUUCACAUGUAAUAAUAAA